AUGGCCAUCGUCAUGGACGAACUAUCUGUUCUAUUCCUUCUCAAAGCCUUUGCUUGGGCCUUUGUCCCUUACUCCAUCUUAUGCAUCAUCUACAAUAUCUUCUUUCAUCCUCUCAAACACUAUCCUGGGCCUCGUAUCAUGGCUUCCAGCCGCCUCCCCAUAUUCUUUCUAGUCUUGAUUGGCAGAUCAGUCAAUACACUGGAAAAGCUGCAUGCAAAGUACGGGCCAGUGGUACGCGUGGCUCCCGAUGAGCUCAGCUACACCGCCGCAAGCGCCUGGAAGGACAUCUACUCAAGUAGCGCAGCUUGGCCCCUCGCUAUACCCCGGAAUAUGGUAUUCUUCAGGGCUAUGGCAGGGGAAUAUGGUUUCCAUUCUUUGGUCACCGCCAACAACCAAGAUCAUGCCAGACUGCGACGUUUGUAUUCCCGGGCCUUCUCAAAGCAAGCACUGGCUGCCCAGGAGCCUCUGAUAAUCCAGCAUAUCGACAAGCUAAUCAAGAAGCUUUAUGCCGAGAUUGAUCACACAGCCAAGCCGGUUGACAUAAACUUGUUCUUGAAUCUGGUCCUUUUUGAUAUGAUCAAUGACCUUCAAUUCGGAGAACCACUUAACUUAUUGGAUGAUACGACGCACCGGGCCUUUGCGCGCGCCUCACUAAUCAUAGUUCCCAGUGCCGCCGUAAUUCAAGCACUGGCAGACUUUCCCCUGGCCAGAAUCAUUCUUAAGCCAAUUCUCCGCGAAGUAUUCAGAAUGCGACGACUCUACUUUUCGACAACAGAUGAGAGACUCGAAAAACGACUGGCAUCGAACUCAUAUCGCGCAGAUAUCGUGCAGUUCCUCACAGAUGCCAAGUCAGAUAACAUAUCCUUACAAGAGAUCCAGGCCAAUGCACCACUCAUGAAUAUUGCAGGAUCCGGAACAUCUGCGGUGGCUUUGAGCGGCCUGAUCGCCAAUCUUCUCCUUGCCCCACACAUUCUCAAAGAACUGCAGAAUGAGAUUCGGUCAAAAUUCCAUACCAGUUCCGAUAUUACUAUGAAGAACAUGGUCGACAUGCCCCUCCUGGACGCCUGCAUCAAGGAAGUCCUUCGUGUGUUCCCGGCUGUGCCUGUUACUCCUGGGCGCUUGGUUCCGUCUCCCGGAGUCACUAUAGCUGGGAAAUGGGUGGCGGGUGGAACACGUGUCUAUGUUACUCCUCUUGCGGCUUUCCAUUCUACUGAUAACUUUCAUGAUCCGGAGACUUUUGCCCCUCAGCGAUGGUACAAUACAAAGGAGGAGAGCAGCUUUACGACUAAGGAUGUUAAGGAUGCGUACAAGCCUUUUUCUGUCGGGCCGUAUAACUGCAUCGGCCAAUACAUGGCGCAUUACAUCGUGUCACUGUUCAUUUGCAACUUGCUUCUACAUUUCGAUUUCAAAAUCGCUACGGAUCCCAAGACUUGGCUUUCGAACCAAAGGGCCUGGAUCGUUUGGCAUAAUCCACCUUUGAAUACUGGAACUGGAGAAGCAGCUCGGCUGGAUGAGAGAGAUGGUGGUUCUGAAUAA